UCGCACUUGAAGCGUUCGCAUCUAUUGUCUUAAAACCAUGAAGUUUGUGAUUGUUUUCGCCUGCCUGUUGGCCGUUGCUUUCGCCAACGAGGAAGCUGAAGUUCUGAAGAAUGACGCGGAGGUCAACGUGCUGGACUUUAACUACGUCUACGAACUGUCCAACCACAUCAAGGCUGUGCAAGCUGGUGUCCUAAAGGAGCAUGAUACCUGGGUUGUUAAUGGCGAAUAUGAGUACGUGGCUCCCAAUGGCAAGCUUGUGAAGGUCACCUACACUGCUGACGAGACUGGCUACCACCCGAAGGUGUUGGAGGCUUAAAAAGACACAAGUUGUUCCCAAAUAAAUAAUUUCCGCACUGCA